GGCAUAUUUAAAAUAGGAUAGAGAGCCAGAUGGCUGUUUUCCCGAUCAAAAAUCAAUAAUCCCCCCACCAUGAACGAGAACCGUAUUGGGUGAAUUGGGUCAGGGUAGUUGGGAGGAUUUGAAAAAAAAGACACACUAGAAGAAGAAUCGCGAACUAUUAAAAGAAGGGUGGAGGGGUAGUGAAGUAUUGCUAUUUCGUAUUUAGCGAGGAGGACGUGGCGGUGAAACCCGCACAGAUUUCUGCAGUAACACACCAUUAAAGGGCCCGGGUAGCAGGAGCCUGGAGUGACAGGCUGUUUAAGUGGCAUGUGGGUCAAUUCUGAAACAGUCGGAAGGCCAGUCAGGAAGAAUUUCCCGUCAAAAUAUCCACCCCUGUUCGCCACUGCAGUGGCGCUUAGAUGGGCUUGGUUCUGUGCAAGAGAUGACGCUUUAACGUGACGGUGUUAAGGGUUAAGAUUUCCAGUGGGUACUUUGGUCCUCACUGAGGCUGCCUAGUGUCACUAGAUGGCCACUCUGUGUGCAAGUAUGUUCUCUGUGAUUCAUUGGCAUCCUACUCAAGGUCUAGUACCCCAGCCAUGUGCCCUGUGCUGUCUAGAUUAGGUUUUCGCCCCCCCGUGACCCUGACCAGGAUAAGUCAAUGUAAGAUGUAUGGAUGACAUUUUAAUCGUUGAGAAACACUGUGACCUGCUUCAGUUGCAGCAGACCCUUGAGAAACACAAUCCAAAGGCAUUUUUUGAUGUUCCAAAUCCGUACAACUACCUAAUACUCAACCAUUUUACAGAACUGAAACGGAUCCCAGAGGCAAAAUAGCAGGCCAGAGUUCAUUGGUCCAGCUAUACAAGUUAUGGGCACAACACCCAGGAUGAUAGAGAAAUUAGAGGCAAAUUUGACCCAUUGGGACCAGGUGAUAUAAAUCAGGCGGUGCCCCAGAUUACUAAUACUUCUGGAGUAUGAGGCUGUUCUUUACUACUGUUCUGGUGGCAUAAGCAGCGAAUGUAUAUUGAAAGGGCUUUCUCCAUGGAUAUUGACUCAGACUAUGAGCGGCCUAAUGUCGAAACAAUAAAGUGCGUAGUGGUGGGGGACAACGCGGCCGGCAAGACACGGUUGAUCUGUGCCCGGGCCUGUAACGCUACCCUCACGCAGUACCAGCUGCUUGCCACUCAUGUGCCGACCGUCUGGGCCAUUGACCAGUACCGUGUCUGCCAAGAGGUCCUGGAGAGGUCCCGGGAUGUGGUGGAUGAAGUCAGCGUCUCCUUGAGGCUUUGGGACACUUUUGGGGAUCAUCAUAAAGACCGCCGCUUCGCAUACGGGAGGUCUGACGUGGUUGUGCUGUGUUUCUCUCUGGCCAACCCAAACUCUCUGCACCAUGUCCGCACCAUGUGGUUCCCUGAGAUCAAACACUUUUGUCCUCGGACCCCCAUCAUCCUCGUGGGCUGCCAACUGGACCUUCGCUAUGCUGAUUUGGAUGCUGUUAACCGUGCUAGACGACCCCUGGCCAAACCCAUAAAGCCUACAGACAUCCUUCACCCAGAAAAAGGCCACGAGGUUGCGAAGGAACUGGGAAUACCAUACUACGAGACCAGCGUUGUGGCACAGUUUGGGAUAAAAGAUGUUUUCGACAAUGCCAUCCGUGCAGCUCUCAUCUCGCGUCGCCACCUACAGUUCUGGAAGUCCCACUUGAAAAAGGUGCAGCGUCCCCUCCUUCAGGCACCCUUCUUGCCCCCACGCCCCCCUCGCCCAAUCGUAAGCAGACCAGAUCCGCCUGCUGUUGAUGGAGUGCCCAACUCUCUCUUCUGUCAACCUCUGUGUGCUGAUGUACUCUUUCUCCUGGAGGGUGGCACCACACAAGUCUUUGCCCAUAAGGUUUAUUUGGCCACUUCUUGUUCUAAAUUCUAUGACAUCUUCACUUUGGACCUUGGGAUGAUGGGGGAGGGCAGAAGUAAAUUUGGCAUGGAGCGAGAGGAGCAGGAGGCGGCAGAGGUGGAUCUGGGCGGGGUGGACAAUGAGGAGGAUGAGCAGAACCGGAGUGGCGCAACAGAACAGGCAGGACGCACUAAGAGCCUGGACAUUGACAAGGACGAGGAGGACUGUUUCCAUGAGCCAAAGCAACACUUCCUGCUUCAGCAGGCUUCACUAAGAACUUCACAGAGCGAUAAUGCAAUCCCUGCUAGGAAUCAGUGUUCUGCAGGGGUUUUGAGAGGCAGCCGUAUAGUCUCGGGGUGGGGGCGUGGCUUUGUAAGUGUGUCCCUGGAGAAUGUGAAGGACCCUGUUACUGGGCGAUCUACAGUCAUGACUGUGGUUACUAUGGAUGAACUCAUUCAAAAAGGACCCUUCCAGGCGGUGCUGGAGUAUCUGUACACAGGAAGCCUGGAUGAGAGCCGGGGGGACUUGAAGCAGGUGGCCACCAUUGCUGAGCUUCUGGAGGUGUUUGACCUGCGCAUGAUGGUGGCAAAUGUGCUGAACAAUGAGAGCUUCAUGAACCAGGAGAUCACCAAAGCCUUCCAUGUCCGGCGAGCUAACCGCAUCAAAGAAUGCCUGAACAAGGGCACGUUCGCCGAUGUGGUGUUUCGAUUGGAUGAUGGAUACCUGCCUGCCCACAAACCUCUGCUGAUCUCCAGCUGUGAUUGGAUGGCAGCGAUGUUCCGUGGGUCUUUCAUGGAGAGUUAUACUAAUGAGGUAUCCAUCCCUAACACCAGUCGUGCCUGCAUGCGUGCUGUGCUGGAGUACCUGUACUGCGGCCAGCUGACACCCAGCCCCAACCUGCAGCCCAUGGAGCUCAUUGUAUUGGCCAACCGUCUCUGCCUGCCCCGCCUUGUGGCCCUAACAGAGCAGCAUGCUGUGGAUGAACUGCUACAGCUUAUAACGAAGGGCGAGGACAUCGACGGGCAGGUGUUGACUUACCUGGAGAUGGCUCAGUUCCACAAUGCCAAACAACUGUCUGCAUGGUGUUUGCAUCACAUCUGUACAAACUACAAUAGUGUGUGCCGCAAAUUCCCUAAAGACAUGAAAGCAAUGUCGCCAGAAAACGAGACCUACUUCGAGAAGCACCGCUGGCCACCCGUCUGGUACUUGAAGGAAGAGGACAGGUACCUGCGUUCUCUGAAGGAGCGGGAACGGGAGGAGGAGAUUGUGCGCAAACAGCAGAUCAAGCGUGGCUGGUUCUUUUGGAGACACUCAUCCUCUUCUGCUCCCCACAUUUCCUAAACCUUUUCCCCAGGCCUCCAGUCACCACUGUAGUCCAGCCCCCCUCCACAAACUGUGAAGCCUUUAACUCCCUCCCCCAAUUUUCUUGCAACUUAUCUGACCUCUGGUUGCCUGUCGGCAUCCUCGCUGUACUGGGGCUGCGCUCGUCAGCUCCCCCUAUCCUGGGCUUCUCUUCAGGGCAGUAUUAUGGAACCGGCAAGCAUGCUGUGGAAUUCUGGGAGCAUGACAUCCUGGGGCUAAAUUCAAGAGGUGGACUAUAAGAUAGUGAUCAUGUCCCCAAAAAAAACAACUUAGGGCUCAAACAUGUUUUUCCCGGUCAUCCUUUUUCUGACUGUAAGAAUCUUGUAUAAAUAUAUAUAUCCCUUUCUUUUCCAUUAAUCGUUUUCUUUAGCUAUACAUGUGCAAAGGUCUUAGCUGAGGUCUAUGUGAUUUGCUGGCAAAUGGAGAACCUCAUCCAAGGGCUUUUCAUAGUUACUAUGUCAUACCAGCUAAUCAAAUUGUGACUUAUUGGAAGGAGAGAGUUGCUGUGUCAAAUCUGCCCUUCCACAGACAGUCUCUCGGUCCAGUUUCACACUUUGAAAUCCUAGUUCUAAUCUUGCAAUCCACUUCUGAGAUGAUUUUGCCAUUGUUUCUCGAAAAACCCUCCUGAUUGUCUCCAGCUGAAACUGAAUGAUAGUUUUGUUCAUAAACUCCACUCCCCUUCCUCUUCUGGAAUAUUGAAAUUAGUCUGCAUAAUUUUGCUGAUUGCUGAAUAAUUGUAACUGAGUUGGGUGGGUUUUCUUUGUUUCGUGCUGAUUUAAGUUCAGUGCAUCACUCCAGAUAUUCAUACGUAAUUCUAUAAAUGGUCAAUCGUCCAAUAAAACUCUUUUUCACUCUAUAAUUCAGAAGGUGAGGAGGAUGAAAAUAGGCACAGAUGGAAAAAGGGGGAGUCAACAUCCUGACUGUGCCAUUAGUGAUCCUAAAGCUGAAAUGGACAGAUUUUAAAAACAAGUGUAACACAGGUGGUGAUACACAGCUUGAUAAAGUCCAACACCGUUCCUUGAAAUGGUUGAGUUAGUAUGUCAGGAAUACUUAAAGCGUGUGAGCUGUGCAGAUGGAUGGUUAUUUUUUUAUCACAAGGUCCUUAAUAUGAGGAACUAAUCAAGGCAACCUAAAUGUCUAUUUUUUUUGCUCUAACAUUUGAGUAUAUUUUUGUAAUUGCAGUGAAAGUAAUUGACUAGUAAUGUGGGUUAUUGAAGUUUACAGUUGCCAGUUACAUGUGGCAGGUCUUUUCAGGUUACUAUUGGUAAUCUAAGCUGUAACCUCUACUAGUUCAGGAACACGAUAAAUUUCUAACGUUAUACUGCUUUUGUUGUAUUUAAUACAAAGAUAGGCUUCCAAUAUAUAUAAAGAAAUCUGAUGGAUAGAACUGAGGUAUAUUUACAAGUGUAAGAAAUAAAACAUAAAAUGGGGCUAACGUGUAAUAUUUUGAGGAAUUUAUAUGUUUCAAAUGCCUUGAUAUUAAGUUUUGGUGUCUUAUUACGAAAUACCCUCAAAAAUAGUGAAUACAGAAAUUUACUUUUUUUUCUUUAAUAAUGCUUUGAACGUUUCUCUGGGGCAGUUUAUUGGAGGGUGACUUUUUUGCAGAUCUGCUUUUGGGAAUUCCUUUAUUGUGUAAAUAUAAUGGAAUUCUGUUGCUGGCUGUGUCAAGUUUUGAGGGUCAGACAGAUGUGGGUGAAAAGGAGCAGUGUCUUGGGUCAACCCAGGGCAGUGCUGCAGGGAACGGAGACUGGAGCCUUCCAGGAGCAUGAGGUCUAUGUCUUGACUUUGGUAUACGGAUGCAGUUUUUAAACCUGACUUCUGUACCCAGUAUUGGUCACUUUCAUAUGCAUUGUUAUUCCAUUUGAGGACCAGUAAGAACCAUUAAUAGCAGCAAUGGCAAGUGCAUUUUCUAAAUAUAAUAUGUGAAAGUGCAGUUUACAUUUUAGAAAAUCUUACACCUGCUCUCGAACAAUUUAAUCACAUAGUAAGAUACUAUACUUGCUCAAUAUUGACUUAAGUCUCAGUCUUUGUAUACUGUCCUGUGGUAUUGACUAAAUCACCAUGAUGUGGCAUUGCUUUGGCAUUGCUUUUAUAGUCUAUGUGCAUCUGCCUUCAGUAUCUAUUCUCAUGUACAGUGUUAUAAUUACCACCACUAUUAUUACUGUAGUUUGUAUGCCAAAGUCUUUGAGGGUUUAGUGUUUGGGUGGAAUUUUAGUUUCAGUUUUGCCCUAGUGGAAAAUCCAAAAGCAUAUGCCAGAACUUCCAGUUAAGUGAAGCCUAGAAUAAUACAAAUGUAUGGAGUAGGCUUUGCUUUCUUUUAUAUUCUUUUAUAUUGCAAUGCAUUGUGUAGGAGUGCAGGGACAUUGUAGCAAACCAACUGCAACUCAUGGCUUAUGUCAGCCAAUGUCUUUUCCCUUUGGCUAAAUUGGUCUUCCAAUGAUGGAGCUUCAGUCACUAUUCAUCCAUUUAUUUAUUUAUUUUCCUCUGGAAAAGCUUUUAAAGAAGUAGCAAUAUUAACCUUAUAUAUGAAAUAUAUUAACAAAGACUGAUUUCAGCUACUGGCCUUCUUUAAAAUCAAAUUUCAUCGGUUCUAUAAAUGUUCUAAAUGUAUGCAAUUCUAAUAUAUUUCAAAUAUCGUUAUUGGUUUUUUUCAAUGAUGGAUAGGCAUUAAAUGAAAGGCCAUUGUUAUUUAUGAACCUGUUUUAAGACUUGGGUGUGGAGGUUGUACAAAAGAGGGCAAGGACAUUACCACCUUUCUGUAUUGAAGAUUUACAGCCCUGCCAAGUUUUACCAGCAGUGAGCAAGACCAUCCCUCUACUUUUUUCCUGCUCUUUGAAUUGUGUUUUCGUGGAUUUGCAUUCUUUUCAAGUUAUUUGUUAUUGUCAUUGUUUGUUGUUCCACAUAGUUCUUGUGCCUUCUAGGGUAAGGAGUAUGUGUCAGUUUUGUGACCCCCAAGCGUCUCCUGUGCCUUGUCAUUCACAGCGUUGCCUGUCUCUUUUUGGUGCUUGUGGUCUCGGGGGAGGGAGAAGGCCUGUUUCUGAAUGCGACUCACUUUGAGGCUAAGCUGUGGUUGAUAUCUGGUGGUUGUCCAGUGUUCUCACUUGCACACAUACAGCUGGCCAGUUGCCCUCACUUACCUUGGGGGCAUGUGCCGUGUAUGUAGUCUUUUUUUUUUUUCUUCUGUGUUGUGCUGUGGUUGUGCUGCCAUCUACGGGCCAAACCCUUAUCCUACAUUAACACACACUCUGCCUCUCUGCAGUUUCACUUAAUCUGCCAAAAUAUAGACUCACUGUUUUUCAAUAACCAACUGUGCAAAGGAGUCAUUAAUACACUUGAGGUCCUUUCCACAACUAUCCAAAUACAGUAAUUCAACUUUUAUAACUUUUGAAAUCUGAAGCAAAAUAACUUUAAUAGUCCUACAGCUGUAGUUCCAUUGUCCAUUACAUCCAUUCACAUCCCCUGUUGAUAUGGUUUCCACGCCUGUUGAUAGAGGACAGUUCUAAUCAACAGUAACUGAAGACCAAAAUAGCUUUAAGGCCAUGACACUCUAAUUGUAUUUAAUUUGAACUUGACCCCAAAAUCAAAUUUGUGUCAUUAUCCCGCCUAACCAUUUGUAACUAAUAAUGUGAUACUGAUUUGACUUACAUCAUUACAUCAUGACAAUGAGUACAGCACCGAGGCAAUAUCAGUGUAUUAUCUCUAACUGAAAAUACAUGUUAACCAGACACAAACCAGAUCUGGCCAAACUCACUAAUCAAAUGUUCCAUUUUAUAUUUAUGUUUUUCUUUUAAAUGUCAAAAUAAUUAUUUCAUCUACUCCCAUCUUUUUAUUUCUUCUGGAGGUUUAUAAUACGGUGAAUGUAUUCUUUAUUACGUUUGAUAAGCUAGUCCCUCUAUCAUCACUGUACCUCUGUAGUUUUAACUCCUCAUUUUGAGAAACAGCCUUACUCAGUCUGCAGUUACCUGUCUGCUACACGUAAAAUUAAUUCAUCACCACUUCUGAAAAAAUAGGCUAAGCAAUGAUUUCAUUAAACUGUUAUAUACACAGACAGGAUACCCUUUUUUCUAAUGAAGUUAUGGAUGAGCCUAACCUGUGGCAGAGGUUUGAGUAACCUCUGGAGUUUGAGUGUUGUUGUAUGUCGCCAGCCUGUUGACUGGAUGUGCUAAUUGAUUGGGUGGCUGAUGUUGCUUUCUUGGUGUGAUGUCUACAUAUUUGCACAUAUUGGGUUUCUUGUUCACACUGUCUGUAUUGAGCAUUAUCGUUCAGAUACAUAAGCUGUAACCACUUCUAAGCUGACUUUUAGAUGAGAAAAAUCAGCAUAAUCUAAGGGCUUUUUAUAGUGUGUUCUGGUGCUUUUGCAAAAAAAAAAAGUGUUAAAAAAAACUUGAGAGCAAAACAAUUCCUUUGUGAUAUUUUUGAACCGGUGUCAUUUAUAAAAACUGUGGAAAAUGUAUUGCAUUUUCAAUAAUUUGAUGUUUGACUUUUAUUAUAAAAUUUUUGCUGAAGUCUUUCACUUA